AAGAAUGAUCCCCCAUUUCAACUCAAACUUCCUCCGAAGGCAGCUAGACCUGAUAAAGAAGUUGACCCAGAAUAUGAAGAGAAGAUGAAAACAGAUCGAGCAAAAAGGUUUGAAUUCCUCCUGAAGCAGACAGAACUUUUUGCGCAUUUUAUUCAGCCUGCAGCACAAAAAUCACCAACAUCUCCGUUGAAAGUCAAGCUGGGACGGCCACGGAUGAAGAAAGAUGAAAAACAGAGUUUGAUUUCAGCUGGGGAUUACCGUCACAGGCGCACAGAACAAGAAGAAGACGAAGAGCUGUUGUCAGAGAGUCGAAAAACAUCUAAUGUGUGUAUUCGAUUUGAGGAGUCUCCUUCAUAUGUGAAAGGAGGAACACUAAGAGAUUAUCAGGUUAGAGGUUUGAACUGGAUGAUCUCAUUGUAUGAAAACGGUGUUAAUGGCAUUCUGGCAGAUGAAAUGGGUCUUGGUAAGACUCUGCAAACAAUAGCACUGUUAGGCUAUCUGAAGCAUUACCGAAACAUUCCUGGGCCACACAUGGUCCUGGUUCCAAAAUCAACUUUGCACAAUUGGAUGAAUGAAUUCAAACGCUGGGUUCCGUCAUUACGUGCUGUUUGCCUUAUUGGGGAUAAAGAUGCCAGAGCUGCUUUUAUCCGUGAUGUUAUGAUGCCUGGUGAAUGGGAUGUUUGCGUUACAUCGUAUGAAAUGGUAAUUAAAGAGAAAUCAGUCUUCAAAAAGUUUAACUGGAGGUACCUGGUGAUUGAUGAAGCCCACAGAAUCAAGAAUGAGAAGUCUAAGCUGUCAGAGAUUGUGCGUGAGUUCAAGACAACAAAUCGACUGCUGCUCACAGGAACUCCUUUACAGAAUAACCUCCACGAACUGUGGGCGUUACUCAAUUUUCUCUUACCUGAUGUCUUCAAUUCUGCAGAUGAUUUUGACUCAUGGUUUGACACGAAAAAUUGUCUCGGUGAUCAGAAACUUGUAGAAAGACUUCAUGCUGUUUUGAAGCCAUUUUUAUUACGUCGCAUAAAAGCUGAAGUAGAAAAGAGUUUGCCUCCGAAGAAGGAAGUAAAAAUUUAUCUUGGACUCAGCAAAAUGCAGAGGGAAUGGUAUACAAGGAUCCUGAUGAAAGAUAUUGAUAUCCUGAAUUCAGCUGGGAAAAUGGAUAAGAUGCGUCUGCUGAAUAUUCUGAUGCAGCUGCGUAAAUGCUGUAACCAUCCGUACUUAUUUGAUGGUGCUGAGCCGGGCCCUCCUUACACCACUGACACGCAUCUCAUCACUAACAGUGGUAAAAUGUUAGUUCUGGAUAAACUGCUAACAAAGCUGAGAGAGCAAGGUUCCAGAGUUCUACUGUUUAGUCAGAUGACUCGCUUACUGGAUAUUUUGGAAGACUAUUGCAUGUGGCGUGGAUAUGAGUACUGCAGACUUGAUGGACAGACACCACAUGAAGAAAGAGAGGAGGCAAUAGACACAUUUAAUGCUCCCAACAGCAGUAAAUUCAUUUUUAUGCUCAGUACCAGAGCUGGAGGUCUCGGAAUUAAUUUGGCAACUGCUGAUGUGGUUAUUCUCUAUGAUUCAGAUUGGAACCCUCAAGUAGAUCUGCAGGCCAUGGAUCGUGCGCAUCGUAUUGGUCAAAAGAAACCAGUACGGGUGUUUCGACUAAUCACUGAUAAUACUGUUGAAGAGAGGAUUGUAGAAAGAGCUGAAAUAAAACUGAGACUGGACUCUAUAGUUAUACAACAAGGAAGGCUCAUAGACCAACAGUCUAACAAACUGGCAAAAGAUGAAAUGCUGCAGAUGAUCCGGCAUGGAGCCACUCAUGUUUUUGCUUCCAAAGACAGUGAGCUGACAGAAGAAGAUAUAACCACUAUCUUAGAAAGAGGUGAAAAGAAG